AGCUCCACGGCAACGUGACGUAAUCACCGCGCGCCGCCCCCCGGGCGACGUCAUCACGCCGCGACGCGUCUCCAUGGCGGCGACGAGCGUCGGGCCGUACCGCCGGGAGCGGAGCCUGGCCCUGCGGAGCAGCAGCUCGGCCCUGUACAACAACCUGGCCGUGCUGUGCCCCCCGGGCCGGCCCCCGGCCCUCGGAGCCGUGCACGGCACCACCCUCAGCCUGCUGGGCAGCGAGGGGCCCCCCCGGCAGCUGCAGGCCCGGGGAGGGGGCUCGGCCCUCAGCACCCCGCUGCUCACACAGGCCGUGUGGUGUGAGCUCCCGUCACGGGUGCUGCUGGUGCUCACGUCCCAGCGUGGGGUCCAGGUGUACGAGGCUGACGGCUCCACCAUGGUGUUCUGGCAUGCGCUGGACGUCCCGGAGCAGCCGGCAGCACAUUCUGUGUUCGCCCGAGGCAUCGCCGCGGCCGGCGGCCGCUUCAUCUGCGUGGGGACAUCCUUUGGGGCCGUGCUGGUGUUUGACAUCCCCCCAAAAGGGACCAACGUGACGCUGAGCGAGGUCCUGGAGCAGCACCGGGAUCCUAUCACCGACAUCGCGGCCGAGCAGGGCCAGGCCCCGGACGGGGCUGGGGACCUGGUGACAGCCGAUGACUCCGGGACCCUCUGCCUCUGGAGCAGCGGGGAGGAGUUCACCCUGCUCGGGAAGAUCCCGGGAUCUGGCUCCAGCUGCUCCUCGGUGGUGCUGUGGAACGGGACGGUGGCCGCGGGCUACGGGAACGGGCAGAUCCGGCUGUGGGAAGCGGGGUCGGGGCGGAUCCGCGCCCAGGUGAACGCCCACGCCCGCUGGAUCUACGCGCUCGACCUGGCACCGCUCACCGGCAAGCUGCUGUCGGGUGCAGAGGAUUCCUUUGUCCACGUCUGGAAGCUCAGCAGGAACCCGGACACCGAUGACAUCGAGAUCCAGCACUGCCACGCCGAGUGCGUGACGGACACGCAGGUUUGUGGCGCCCGCUUCUGUGACCCCGCCGGGGACACCUUCGCUGUCACCGGCUACGACCUGAGCGAGAUCCUCUGCUACGGCCCGGCCUGAGCCGGGAACACCGGGAAUGUCGGGAACACCGGGAACGCCGGGACGCUCCGGCAGCGCGGCCGUGGCUGAGGGGUGAGCACAGACCCCUCGGCAGCUCCGUGGGGAUGUGUGGGGGGAGCCCAGCCAGGAUCCUCCCCGCCCUGCCCAAAGCCCUCCCGAGGGCUGGGAGCUGCUCCCCGGGAUCCUCCCGUGGCUCUCCCAGGCUCCGGGAUCCUCCCGUGGAUUCCCACCCUUCCCGGAGGGUGGCGUGGCUGGGAACAGACCCGGCCGAGACGGGAGGAUCCCGGGAAACCUGUGCUACCUGCUGCUCCGGCCGGGAGAGCCCCGAGCCCAGCCCAGCGUCCCAGGGUGCAGCACCCGCCGGCCACGGCUACCGGGGAGGGAGAAAAGCGGGGAGAGAGGCCAGGGGAACACGGGGAACCUGGGGGGGAUCCUGCAUCCCAACCCCCCACAGUGCCCCAAAUCCCCCUGGGAUGCUGCAGUCCCAUGGCCACUGGCCAGAUGUUGGAGGCCCCAGCUGUGCUCCGGGGCUGGAAACAGCAGCAGCAGCUGCAGCAGGACCCCAGGGACACCCCAGGACCCCUCCAGCCCCCCUGAACCCCCCGUGGGAGCUGAGGUGACCCCAGGCCCUGCUCCCAGGGCCCUGCAAGGCCGGGAGAGGGGAAUGGGGGAUCCAAAAAUGACCCCCCUCCCUUUAUGUCCCGCUCGUGUCCCCCCCAGCGCAUGGGUCAGGUCCCCACCCCCCCUGUGCUCUGUACCCCCCCAAUAAACACACCCCAGUGAA